AUGAUUCCGAUCAGGUUCCUGAGCCGGAAACGAGCUUGGUCCGCCGCUGCCGCUGGCCGUCGCUUCCUGACAUAUGAAGCUGCUCAGAUUCCUCUUUUUCCGCCUCCGCCCUCGGUCUUCGCCGGUCACCACGGCCGUCCGUUUCUUAGUCACCUGUCGUCCCGACUCUGCCGCUCUAGCCACUCGGCGGCCGAACCUCCAUCCCAAGGAGGCGAUUCAAUCGGACGGCGUUGCUUUUCCGGUAGCGCGGUGGCGGAUCUUCCGGAGAACGAGACCGUCGAUGUGCCGUUGGCUCAGACCGGCGAAGGUAUUGCUGAAUGUGAACUGCUUCAGUGGUUUGUUAAAGAGGGGGACGAAGUUGACGAGUUUCAGCCGCUCUGUGAAGUUCAGAGCGAUAAGGCCACCAUUGAAAUCACAAGCCGUUACAAAGGAAGAGUCUCUCGGAUGCUCUAUGUUCCUGGUGACAUUGUGAAGGUUGGGGAGACUCUUCUGAAGAUGGCGGUGGACGAAUCUCAGGUUAAUGUGCAGUCAGUUGACUCCCAGGUAUCAGCUCAGGUGAAUGGGGACCUCGACGGUGAGUUUUCAUCUGGUGCUGACUUGAAUACAGCCGGAACUGGUGGAGUUUUGAGUACACCAGCAGUAAGGCAUCUCGCUAAACAGUAUGGAAUCAGUCUAAAUGAUAUUCAAGGAUCUGGGAAAUCAGGGAGGGUGCUGAAAGAAGAUAUUCUUAAAUAUGCUGUUCAGAAAGGAAUCAUCGAGUCUUCUGGCAUUCCUUUGGGCGACCACCUUCAGGACGAACUUGGAUCAGCUGAAGUCAUACAGAAUCCCAAUGAUAAGAAGGUUACCCUUAGGGGAUUCCAGAGGGCAAUGGUGAAAACAAUGUCAAUGGCUGCCAAAGUUCCACAUUUUUAUUUCGUGGAAGAGAUCAACUGUGAUGCAAUAGUGGAACUCAAAGCGUCUUUCCAGAAACAAACUACCGAUCCAGGAGUUAAGCACACCUUCCUUCCGUUGUUAAUAAAGGCCCUUUCAUCAGCACUUAGCAUGUACCCUUUGGUGAAUAGUUCAUUCAACGAGGAUGCAAUGGAGGUCGUACUAAAAGGUUCCCACAACAUUGGAAUUGCCAUGGCUACUCCAUCCGGUCUAGUGGUACCAAACAUAAAGAAUGUUGUCCCUUUCAAUCCUCGAGAUAACCAUGGAACUCGGCCGGUUGCAACAGCUUGCAUUGGCUAA